AUGGGCUGCAAUUUGUGCACCUUGCAGAAGCGGGAGGAGCACUACAAGUUGCUGUAUGAGAUUGCACAGGUGAACAGACGUAAUUUCUCCAAGGUGGAGCAGGAUGAGACCGAGGGAGAGGCUAUACAGCGAGACCCCAUUGUUGUCCAGGUCAUCCGACCAGUUGCACAGUACCAAGCUGGUCUGUCGCAGGAGGCGUGCUUGACAGACGUCUGCACACAAACAGAUAUCACCUUCGAGCAUAUUAUGGCGCUAGCCAAGCUUCGACCAGUGACGCCACCUGUGCCUGACGUCUGUCCUUUCCUUUUGUCUGACAGCUGCCAUUCAAUCCACACAAUGGAACACGAGUUCUAUGAAUGUCCCGAGUACCUGUCAAAUAUACCCUCUGAAGUGGAACGAUCGGGAGCUUACGUUUAUGAGGAAGUGGAGUUAUCGAAGCAGAACACUCAAGAAAAGCUGGGCCUGACGUUGUGCUACAGAACUGAUGAAGAGGAGGACAUGGCCAUUUAUGUCAGCCAGGUGGAGCCACACAGUUUAGCCGCAAGAGACGGCCGCAUUAAAAAUGGAGACCGUAUUUUACAAAUAAACGGCCAUGUGGUACAAGACAGAGAGAAGGCUGUUUCUUUGCUGGCAGGAGAAAAUGCGAAGAGCAUCGUCCUGCUGGUGACAAGGCCAGAGACACAGAUAGACGAUGAUGUAUGGCUUGAUGAUGAGCAACUGAAGAUGGAGAAAGACUGCAACCUCAGAAAAGACGAGGCUCAAGAAGAAAGGACAACCGAUACGGCUACCUGCUCGUCCAAUAGCCAGGACAAAGACAGCGGGUUUGGCUGUAGUACAGACAGUCCCGAGCACCAACAGUUAUUGGCCAGACUAUACAGGAAGAGUCCAGCUCAGUGCUUGAGGGAACAAUGGCGAGCCCAAAAUCCACAUAGCAGGCGUAGCACUGCGCUACCACAGGACUUGCUAGCUGAAAGCCAAGGUAUGGCUCUGGAGAAUCACUUUCAGCAACUUCUGGAAGUCAAGUGUCAAAUCCGCAAAGGUGUCGAGUGUGGCGUGUACUCCAUUCGACAUAGUAUCGAGUGCAGCCUCAUGGAGCAAGGAGGAGGGGAUGGGGAUAGCGCUGAGGAGGCUGAGGAAGGUAAAGGAGUGGAACAAGAGCUGAGGAUGCUAAAUGAAGAACUACGCAGCAUUGAGCUGGAGUGUCAGAACAUCAUGCAGGCCCACCAAACCAAGGAGACAAACACUUCUAUGACCACAGUUUCCUCGCCUGGUCAGAGGUACAAGAGGCUAGCAGACAUCCACGAACACCUUCAGAGUGAUAAGACCCGAGAGAAAGACAGCUCCAGUGCCUACAACACAGCAGAGAGUGCUCGGACCACUCCUCUAGGAAGGGAGCGAUCUCCAGAGCACUCUCUGCAGAGAUGCAUCAGCCUCACCAACCAGAAGAACCUCCAAAUAGCCUCUGCAGAGUCUUCCUGUUCCAUCCCCAUUCCUAAGUCUCAGGCUUCACUGAACCACGCUGCUGAAGCAGAUACCAGCGCCGUUUUCUCAAGCAGCCCGGACCAGAGUAACCCAUCUAGAUCAGAGUCCGACCCGGCGCUCCCUGCGGACGAUGAGCGCUGCGAAAAGAAGCGGAAAACCAAAGAUCUAAGAAGAAAACCGCAAUUUGCCUCAUACCAAACCAGUCCUUACCAUGGCUCGCUCAGAUCUCGGCAACUUCAGAGCUACAUGCAGCUGCUACAACAGCACUCAUCCUUGGAGUACUCCCAGAGCCAGCUGAGUGUCCUGAGCGUCUGCCGGGAUCCGGUCAACCGGAACGGUCGCUCUGGGGAACCACGUCUGGAAUGGAAGGUAAAAGUGCGGGCAGACGGCUCUCGCUACGUUGCCCGCAGACCCGCUCGCGACCGUAUCCUAAGGGAGCGAGCGCUCAGGAUCCGAGAAGAGCGUAGCGGCGAUAUGACCACGGACGACGACGCCAUGAGUGAGAUGAAGAUGGGUCGCUACUGGAGCAAAGAGGAGAGGAAGCAGCAUCUGGCGCGAGCCAGGGAGCAGAGGAAGAGGAGGGAAUUCAUGCAGAAGAGCCGCUUUGAGUGUCUGAAGGAGGGUCUAGCUAGCGGCGCUGAGGGCAACAAGGAGAUAAACAUCCUGGAGCUCAGUCACAAGAAGAUGAUGAAGAAGCGCAAUAAAAAGAUUCUUGAUAAUUGGAUGACCAUCCAAGAACUGAUGAGCCACGGGGCGCGUGUUCCCGAAGACUCUGAAGUCCAUAACGCCUUCUUAUCUGUUACAACUGUGUAG